AAAAUGUAGCAUUUUAGAAGAAACGUGAUACGACGGAAGACGAGGAAAAAUGAUAAGGAACUCGAUCACUAUGACAGUGUCAGUGGUAGCAUAAGCGAGACACUGUCUCAGUUCUGUUUUCCCAAUUUUAUUCUUAUCAUUACGACGCCGUUUGAAUUUGGUCGAAACCCAGAUUUCGGUGGGAGAUUAUGGCUUCCAUUCACUCCAAUUUCCUCCCCAACUUGUCCUUCAAUCACUUCCAGACACCAUCAUCAUAUCUGGUUGGUGCUGGUAUUUUGCAACGUGGAGUUAGUUUGAGCAGUUGUAGAAAGAGGGUUCCUUCAUAUAGCUGCAUAAAGUGUGAAAAGAAAGAUGAUGAACACAUUGAGCAUGUAUCAGUUGAGCGUCCACCCUAUUACAGUUACAUGGACUCCACCUCCGGGCAGCUGGAGCCGGCUUCCGGCGCCCGAGCGAGUAUUCCUAGUCAGGAGUAUUGGCCUGAGGGAACUGCUAGCCGUGUGAGGGCUGCUAGGGCACCUGCUCCAACUGCUGAAUCAUCAACCUCUCCAUCUUAUGGAGCCAAGCCUGGAAGUAGGAGGAAGAAUUACAAGACAUCAGUUCAUGCUGCUGCUGCUGCUGCUUCCUCUCAGCCAGUUGUUGAAUCCACUGCCUCCGGUUCCACUGAGGUUUUGGUUGACUCUGUGGAAGACUCUCAGGAUGAUUUGUCUGACUUUGUUGUUUAUCAGUCUGAACCUGAGGAGGAAGUGUUGAGUGAAUAUGAGAUGGAUAAGAGACUUGGACUUCCUCAUCCCUUUGUUGAUCCAAAGGUUAAUAAGCCGAUAGAGGGAACGCUUUCGAAUGACGAGCUGUGGUGGAAUUGGAGACAGCCGGAGAAAGAACAAUGGUCCAGGUGGCAGAGGAGGAAACCGGAUGUUGAAACGGUUUUCCUGAAAGCUAUGGCAGAAACUGGGCAAAUAAAGCUUCACGGUGAACACCCAACAUUAGCUGAAACUGCUCUUUACAGAGCAAGGCGUGAAAUUUAUAAAGAAGAAAGGCUUCAGGCUGAGCAAGAUAGACUGGAAAGAGAUGGUCCAAUUGCAUACUAUUCAGAAUGGGUGAAAGCAUGGAAAAGGGACACAUCUCGUGAAGCUAUUCAGAAGUAUUUUGAAGAGACAGGGGAAGAUGAAAAUGCUCAACUAAUUGAAAUGUUUUGCCAUCAAACUGAUCGGGAGUAUCGUAUAAUGAUGGGGACUGAUCUUCGUAUCCAAAGGGAUCCUUUAGCAAUGCGAAUGAGGGAGGAUCAGAUAAAGCAAAUAUGGGGUGGAGAUCCAGUUUACCCAACUGUGAACUAUAUUCAAGAUCCAAAUGAAGUGAUUGACUACAGGGGGGCAGAUUUUCAUGAACCAACGCCAAAUAUGGUGGCUUAUCUGAAGGAGCAAGGAAAACUCAUUUCAAGGGAGGAAUUUGACAAGAUUAUGGCUAAGGAAAAGACUGAACAAAUUGAGAUGACAGACAUGGAUGAUGCUAUGGCCAAAGCUGUUGAUAUUGGAGAAAAUGACCAGGAUGAAGAGGACAGUGAUCUUGAUGAGGGAGAGGAAGAGGUAGAGGAAGAAAAGCUUUCUGAUUAUUGGAGUGUGUUGAAAAGUACUCCUGAGCUUCGCAAGUCAAAGCCAAAACCAAAGAAAGACGGUUCUCUGUCACUGGAUGAUGCCAUAGAAGAUUCAGAGAACUUGACUGAUUUCCUCAUGGACUUUGAAGAAGAAGAAUGACAUGUCGCCUUGUGAAGCAUUCCAUGUCAAGUGAUGUAUUGCAUUGUAGACAGAAGAAUAGAAGGUUUCGUUGUUAGUCUUCCUUAUCAAAUUUCUUGAACUCUCAGUAACUUCUUUUGGCAUUUUCCUCGAUGGAUGGGGUGGUCAAGGGUUCUAUUAUAUUAACUUAGUUAAGGUUCCACAUGAGCUAUUCCCUUUAAUACUCAGUUAAGUAGUUGUUUCCAACACCUGUCUACAUAAACAAUUUUGAUAUCUCAGUCUUCAAACGGAGCUUAGAAGAUAAACUAACUAGGAGAGUGACCAUUCCAAUAUGUAAUAUAUUGGUGCAUAUUGUAAUCUUGGUGUAAACUAGAAUUUACUAUAUUAUGUCACGUAUCUUCUUUCUCAAGUCGUUCAA